AUGCUCGAGUACAAUGGAGUUUUCAGGCACUAUGUCUACCCUAAAAAAACUGGCUCGGGUAGUGUGGGAACGAGGCGCCAGGGUUGGUCUUCUUCCUCCUUCAUACCUUCAAAUUUAUGUACCUCAAUCUUAGAAAGCACAGGUGGCGGUGCAUGUGGGUUCAAUAGCUUAUGUAGAGAUGAUACUGAAGGACCGGUUUGUGAGUGCCCAGAUGGAUACAGCUUUAUUGAUAAAAAUGAUGUGCUGAAAGGAUGCAAGCAGAACUUCGUUUCUCAGAGUUGUGAUCAAGCCUUUCCAGAAACACAUCUUUUCGACUUUCAAGAACAUGAAAACAGAGACUGGCCUCUUUCGGAUUAUCAGCAUUUUCAGCCAGUAAGUGAGGAUUGGUGCAAGCAGAGUUGCCUAAGUGACUGCUUCUGUGCCGUUGUCAUUUUCAAAAAUGAUGACUGUUGGAAGAAGGGAAGUCCUCUUAUGAACGGAAGGAUUGAUCCCACUGUUGGCAAUAAUCUGAAAAGUUUCACGUACAUGGAGCUGAAAGGAGCUACCAACGGAUUCAAGCAAGAACUAGGACGUGGGGCUUUUGCAACGGUUUUCAAAGGAGUUUUAGCAUCCGAAGAUGGGAAGCAUGUUGCUGUCAAAAGAUUGGACACUAUGGUCAGAGAGAACGAUUUGGAAUUCAAAGCUGAAGUGAGCGCAAUUGGCAGAACAAAUCACAAGAACUUAGUCCAGCUACUAGGAUUUUGCAACGAAGGGCAGCGCAGAAUUCUUGUAUAUGAAUUUAUGAGCAACGGCUCUCUAGCAAGCUUUCUCUUUGGAGAGUCAAGGCCAAGCUGGUAUCAAAGAAGAGAAAUUGCCUUGGGAACUGCAAGAGGGAUCUUGUAUUUGCAUGAGGAGUGUAGUAUCCAAAUCCUACAUUGUGACAUCAAGCCUCAAAACAUUCUUCUAGACGACUCUUUCAACGCAAGAAUUGCUGACUUUGGAGUGGCGAAGCUUUUGAAAAUAGAGCAGACUCGAACAACGACUAGAUUCAGGGGGACAAGAGGUUAUGUGGCCCCUGAAUGGUUCAAAAGCUUGCCUGUCACAGUAAAGGCAGAUGUUUACAGCUUCGGCAUUUUGCUAUUAGAGAUUGUUUGCUGCAGGAAGAAUUAUGAAGCGAAGAUGGAGGAUGAAGAUCAAAUGAUACUGGCUGACUGGGCAUAUCAUUGCUAUGAGCAAAACAAACUGCACCAGCUAUUCAGAAACGACGACGAUAAGGCAAAGGAUGACAUCGAGGAGAUGAAAACAUAUUUGAUGAUCGCGUUUUGGUGCAUUCAAGAGGAUGCAUCACGAAGACCGACCAUGAGAAAUGUCACACAGAUGCUCGAAGGAACUGUUGAACUCUCAAACCCACCGAAUCCAUCAUCAUUAUACGUUCAAUGUAAGGGAUUGUGA